AUGGACGUGAAGGACGGUGAUAAUGCAUACGCGGGCAAAGCAAGCGCCGGAGAGCAGGGCAAGCUUUUUGGGGCGGGGGUUGCGGGGGAACUUCGCAUCGGUCGCCUACGCGGGUAUCCCUUUGCCCAAGCAAACUUGGUCCGACCGUACCGCCAUAGCGUUGUACAACUCCAACGGCGAACCCGCUGCCAAGUCUGUGGUCUCUCCGCUUCGACAUCUCUGACGGCCGUCACCAUGAACUCGAAACCCGAAGAACAGUCCAAGUACAAGUUGUCCAAAGAUGUGGCCCCACUCCACUACACUGAUUUGCUGCCGCACAAUCUGUCAGGACAAGCUCCAACCAAAGAGUUCCUGUUGAAGAUCGUCGAUAUACUAAUGGACUACAUCAAGGACACCAACGACCGGGACGAGAAAGUGUUGCACUUUAAACAUCCUGAAGAAAUGUUCAAACUCUUGAACCUGGAAUUGCCCGACAAAGGAGUGCCGUUGCAAGAUCUCAUCGAUGCUUGCGGAACUACCCUGAAGCAUCAGGUCAAAACGGGACAUCCCAGGUUCUUUAACCAAUUGUCGUGCGGUCUGGACAUCGUAUCCAUGGCAGGCGAAUGGUUGACGGCCACGGCCAAUACAAACAUGUUCACGUAUGAAAUCGCACCGGUGUUUAUUUUGAUGGAGAGCGUGGUAUUGGCCAAGAUGCGAGAGAUCAUCGGAUGGAAAGGUGGUGACUCGAUUUUGGCUCCGGGUGGAUCGAUAUCUAAUUUGUACGCGUUUCUGGCAGCCCGCCACAAAAUGUUCCCCGGCUACAAAGAGCAAGGGCUUCAUUCCAUCAAAGGACAACUGGUCAUGUACACAUCGAAUCAAUCUCAUUAUUCGGUGAAGAGCUGUGCGUCCGUCUGCGGCCUGGGAACUGAUAACUGCGUUGAAGUGCCGUCAGAUGAAAGGGGCCGCAUGAUACCCGCGGAACUGGAGAGACUUAUUUUGGAAAGAAAAUCCAAGGGCCACCUACCGUUUUUCGUCACUUGUACGGCCGGUACAACCGUGCUGGGAGCCUUCGAUCCCAUCAACGAAAUCGCCGAUAUAUGCGAAAAAUACAAAAUGUGGUUGCACGUGGAUGCUGCUUGGGGAGGUGGUUUGCUUUUGUCGCGCAAGUACAGACACCCUCGGUUGACUGGCAUCGAACGUGCAAACUCAGUCACGUGGAAUCCGCACAAACUUAUGGGCACUCUUUUGCAAUGUUCUACCAUUCACUUCAAAGACAACGGUCUGUUGAUCAGCUGCAAUCAAAUGAGCGCUGAGUACUUGUUCAUGCAGGACAAACUGUACGACGUCAGGUACGACACCGGCGACAAGGUGAUACAGUGCGGUCGCCACAACGAUAUUUUUAAACUUUGGCUUCAAUGGCGUGCAAAGGGAACUGAAGGAUUCGAAAAUCACAUGAACCACUUGAUGGAACUCAGCGAGUACAUGGUGGAGAAGAUCAAGGCUUCACCGGACAAAUUCUAUCUGAUUCUGGAACCCGAAAUGGUGAACGUUAGCUUUUGGUACGUGCCCAAACGUUUGCGGAACGUGGCUCAUUCGCCUAAACGAGCGGAAAUCCUCGGCCAGAUCACUCCAGUGUUGAAAGGCAAGAUGAUGGAAGCCGGCACACUGAUGGUUGGUUACCAGCCUCUUAACGAGCUUCCCAACUUCUUCAGGAACAUCAUAUCCAGCGCUGCAGUCACCAAGGGUGACAUAGACUUUUUGCUGUCCGAACUCGACCGGUUGGGACAAGACUUGUAAGCUGCCAGUCCACUCGACAGUCGUCCACCCACUAUCCGUUUGCCUCAUUUAGAUUACUUUUUAAACUCUACAUUACCUAAAAUUCGUAACACUUGUAGCGCUAUACUAUUACUAUGUAUUACCCCCUGUCGGGUGUUAUUAUUGUUAAAAAAGUAGAAUACUAUAUUUACCUAUUUGCUAUACCUAUACUACCAGACAGAAGUUAAACCGCAGUGAGAUAAAACCAUGUACGCUGUACACCGUUUAGUUGAUAUAAUAUCUAACAUCGGUUUACCCUCUGGUCUAAAAUUAUUAUUAUUAUUAUGAUUACCAUUAACUCAAUUAUCGUUAGUUAUGUUUAGCAUUUGUUCGAAUACCAGUUUAUAUAGUGAAAAGUGUUUAACUCUUUUUAGUAAUAAUAUGAUUAUUAUAAUGUUAUCGUUCGCCAUUUUCGACUGAUGUACCGUCGAUAACGCGGAAAAGGCAGAAUGAAGUAUAAUAUUUAUGAUUAUGAUUUAUGAAUAUAUAAUAAUAUAUAUAUAUGUUUAAUAUAUCAGGUAUAACCAAAAAGUAGAAAAUAUAAGCCGCAAUGUGUUUUCCUGUCACUACAGUGAAUACAGUAUCAUUUCAAAGAUAAGUCUACAAUACAUAACGCUAAUAAUGCAUAUUAAUUGUUUAGCAUUAAUUUGUGCGGCCCAGAGGUUAUCAAAUAAAUAUUAGCUAGAAAUUAAUAUUAAUCGAACACAUUAUGUUGAACACAUAUUAUUGCACUUACACUAUUAUUACACUAUUUUACAUCUUGCACUAAUGCACUAUUAUUACACUAUUGCACAUCUUGCACUAUUACACUAUUGCACUUUUGCACAACUGCACUAUUAAACAAUUGCACUACUACACUAUUGCACUAUUGCACUAUUACAUUAUUGCACUUUUACACAAUUGCACUAUUACAUUAUUGCACCCUUACACAAUUGCACUAUUACAUAUUAUAAUCAAAUAUUUAUUACAUUUUUUUUUUUUUUACAUUCUGUAGAAGUCCGUUUUUCCGAAAUAAAAAAACAUUAAAUCAUUCAGUGGCAUAUAACAGUUUAACUCAGACCAAACCGCACAAUUCUUGAUGAAUAUACAGUAGAAAAUAUAAUUAUACAACAUCAUAAAGGAUUGGGUGGAUUAUUAAUUGUUAAACUUCUUGUACUUACAAAAAAAGGUGUCAUCCAUUAAUAGUUUUAUAUUUGAAAUCUGAGAACGGUCUGGGGUCUGGUGUCAUGUGUCAAAACGAAUAGUUUGUGCAUUUUUAAUUCGACUAAACGGCAACGAUUUGUUUUGCAUUCAACGGUAUUGUUAGCAAAGACUUUUUCAAUUACACAGUAAAUAUAAGUAUCCUCUGGGUACAAACACAGAUUAAUCUGUCCGAAAGCCUUUGGACCGUUCUCUUAAGGAAACAACUAUAAACUGCUAAAACCGUUUUUCACAUCAUCUGCCCGCCAUUGAAUCUGCACGGCGCGAGUUGACACAACCUAUCUUUAUGUUUACUCUUUCACUGUAGUGUCUAGGACAUUAUGAUUUAUUACCAUGUGUUUUCUAGUCAAACGGAGAUGUUUUUUAUUAUUAUCAUAUUAUGUUGUCGUUAUUAUCCAAUAAGUAAUAUUACACUGUCAGUAAAUGCGUAACGUGUGGGCGCGUUUCAUAAGAGAGCGUCUACGUGCUUUUUGGCAAAAAAGAAUAAUGUGCGCGAGUUAAAGAGUCAUUUUAAUGAUAUAAAAACAAAUUCCGUAGUAUGUAUGGUAUCGUCAAAUUUAUUUUUUAAGAACUAGAAAAAUGUUCAGGAGAAGAUGCAUAGUAUGAAAGUACAUAGAAAUAGAUCAAAGGCAUAUUAUGACAGAAAAUGUAAAAUAAAACAAAAUCUGUACUUGGAAACCGACUCAUUAACUCGGGCGCGUUAACGCAUUUAUUUAAUUAUAAUAAAACUAUUUACUAUUAUUAUAAAUAAAUUAGCAUUUGUGUUUAUAUUUUGAAUUCGAGAUUGGCGUAUUUGAAUAAAACAAAUAUACUUAAGUGUAACACGCAAAUUGUAAUACAAUUCUAGUAAAUUACUUUUGAAAAACACAGCCGUCGUAUCUAAAUAAUAUUAUGUCACCGCGCCUUUAUAAUAUCUGUCAAUUUUUAAAAUUGUAUUUAGUAAUUAAAUGUAUCAAUGUUUCAUUUAUAUGCAAAUAAUCAGCUAAUAUGUUUAAUGAUGUUCAAACAAUAAUCAAAUUCGACCCCAGGCACUAUUGUUCUAUACCACCGUAAAAAUAAUAAUAAUUUGUUAAUUAAUAAUUACUACCAGGUAAUUAUUUUUGCUUUUUUUGGUUUUAAAAAAAAAAAAGUUACCUAAAAAAUGAUUUUACGGUUGACUAAAGAUAAAUAUUAUAAUUUAUGUUAGAAUUAAAUUUAAAAAACUCGUUGAAUGCAUUAUAUUACCGAUAUGUUUUAUUGUUAACGUUAUAUUUAGGUACCUAAUAGGUAUAUUAUUAUUUAAUCAUGCUACCGUAUUAUACUAGCAUAGUAUAACGGCUCAUGGCACAUAAAAAUAUCCCUUACCAAUAAAGUAAGGGAUAUUAGUAACCAAUAAGGUUUUCUCUCCUAACAAGUUUUAUUAUUAUAUCGUGUUUUUAGACCUCAAUUUAUAACUCGUUAUACUAUUCUUACACUUUUUUUGCUAGUACAAUGUACUGUGUUUGAGCAUACAGACAAUAAACAUAUUAUAUCUACCUAUAACCAAACAAACGAAUAAAAGUUUAUAAUAUAAAUUAUAAUAAAUACUAUUAAAUCAUGUAGAAAAUACACAACUU